UGAAUCAAAUCUCUCAUGUGGCAGGAAGAGAAGCAGAAGAUGUCUUGUAAAAUGAGUGUGUCUGAGGAGAGAGAAGAGAAGGCUUCUCUUCACACUCAGAGAGCAGCAUCUCCAGUAUUCAGCUGUGUGUCUAUGAAGAGUAACAACUCCAUUGGUCUGCCGCCUAAUCUCAGUGAUGGACCUGCUGUGACCUCUGACCCUGUCAAGAAGAGAAAGAAAGCAGCAUCUUCGAUUUCUAGCUGUGUGUCUAUGAAGAGUAACAACUCCAUUGGUCUGCCGCCUAAUCUCAGUGAUGGACCUGCUGUGACCUCUGACCCUGUCAAGAAGAGAAAGAAAGCAGCAUCUUCGAUUUCUAGCUGUGUGUCUAUGAAGAGUAACAACUCCAUUGGUCUGCCGCCUAAUCUCAGUGAUGGACCUGCUGUGACCUCUGAACCUGUCAAGAAGAGAAAGAAAGCAGCAUCUUCGAUUUCUAGCUGUGUGUCUAUGAAGAGUAACAACUCCAUUGGUCUGCCGCCUAAUCUCAGUGAUGGACCUGCUGUGACCUCUGACCCUGUCAAGAAGAGAAAGAAAGCAGCAUCUCCAAUAUCUAGCUGUGUGUCUAUGAAGAGUAACAACUCCAUUGGUCUGCCUCCUAAUCUCUGUGAUGGACCUGCUGUGACUUCUGACCCUGUUGGUGGGAGAGCUGACCGGAUCAGAUAUGUGUCCUGUCAGUCCAGCACAUCCUCCUCCUGUCAGAAACACAUUAGUCAUCAUGACACAGAAGCAGCCCUGCAGCUCGAUUCUCACCAGCCAGUGCAUGAUGAUCUUCAGAGAGUCAAAGACCAGCACAAAACCAGCAUGAAGAACAGAUAUGAAAGGGUUUUUGAGGGAAUCAAACAACAAGAGAAUCAGACUCUCCUGAACAGGAUUUACACACAGCUGUACAUCAUAGAGGGAGAGAGUGAAGGAGUGAAUGAAGAACAUGAGGUGCUACAGAUGGAGAAAAUUUACAAGACCCUCCAAGACACUCCAAUCAAAUGCAGUGAAAUAUUUGAUCCUUCACCUGAACCAGGAUAUGAGGAGAAGAGAAGAGAGAAGAAAGACAAAAUCAAGACUGUUCUUACUAAAGGCAUCGCUGGAAUCGGGAAAACCGUCUCUGUGCAGAAGUUCAUUCUGGACUGGGCCGAGGGAAAAGCCAAUCAGGAUGUAGAUUUCAUGUUUGUGCUUCCAUUUAGAGAGCUGAACUUGAUUAAAGAUCAUCAGUACAGUCUUCACAGACUUCUGCUGGACUUUCAUCCUGAACUUCGAGAUCUGGACUCAGAGAUGUAUGAUGAAUGUAGAGUUGUGUUAAUCUUUGAUGGUCUUGAUGAAAGCAGAUUGACACUUAAGUUUUCAGACAGUGAGAAUGUUUCUGAUGUGACUGAGUCUUCAUCUGUGGGUGUGUUGAUGUCAAACCUCAUGAAAGGAGAUCUGCUUCCCUCAUCUCUCAUCUGGAUCACCACCAGACCAGCAGCAGCCAAUCAGAUCCCCUCCAAAUACAUCAACCGUGUGACAGAAAUUCAGGGAUUCAAUGACCCUCAGAAGGAGGAAUAUUUCAAGAAGAGAAUCCGCGACAAGCGUAAAGCCAGUAGAAUCAUCUCACACAUCAGAAAAGCAAAAACCCUCCACAUCAUGUGUCACAUACCCGUCUUCUGCUGGAUCUCAGCCACUGUGCUUCAAAACAUCCUGAAACAAAAUCGUCGAGUAGAAAUCCCUCAAACUCUGACUGAAAUGUACAUACACUUCCUCCUCAUUCAGACUCAUAUGAGGAACCAGAAGUAUGAAGAGAGAGAUCCAGAGAAACUCCUGCAGUCCAACAGAGAUAUGAUUGUGAAACUUGCUGAACUGGCUUUCAAUCAGCUGAUGAAGGGCAAUGUGAUGUUCUAUGAGGAGGACCUGAUUGAGAGCGGCAUAGACGUCACUGACGCCUCAGUGUAUUCUGGGAUUUGCACUGAGAUCUUUAGAGAGGAAUCUGUGAUUUGUCAGAGGAAGGUUUACAGCUUUGUACAUCUCAGCUUUCAGGAGUUUUUUGCAGCACUGUAUGUGUUUUUCUGUUAUUUACACAAGAAGAGUGAAGUUAUGAAAGAGUUCCUCACAGGAAAGUCCAGAACUCGGUGUGAAAAUGUUCCUCUGGAUGAGUUUCUGAAGGGAGUAAUGAAUAAAGCCUUGAAGAGUAAAAAUGGACACCUGGAUCUUUUACUUCGAUUUCUUCAUGGCAUCUCACUGGAGUCCAAUCAGAGACUUUUACAGGAUGUGCUGAUUCACACAGAGAACAACCCAGAGAGCAAAGAGAAGAUAAUCAAAAGCCUCAAGCAAGGUCAAAAAAACAAUAUGAGUCCUGAAAGAUUGAUGAAUCUGUCACACUGCUUGAUUGAGAUGAAGGAAUAUUCUCUUGUUAAAGAAAUGCAGAGUUUUUUUAAAAAUACAAUGAAAAGCAAAAGUAUUUCUCUUGCAAAAUGUUCUACUUUGGCAAACAUGAUCCUGAUGUCAGAGGAGGUGAUGGAUGAGCUUGACCCUAAAAAGUACAAAUUCACAUCAAAAGAGGGUAAAUGGAGACUGUUACCUGCUGUGAGGAACUGCAAAAAAGCUCUAUUGGCAGACUGCAUACUCACCGAUCAGCACUGUGAAAUUGUGGCUUCAGCUUUACAGUCAUCAAACUCCCCCCUGAGAGAGCUGGACUUGAGUAAUAAUGACCUACAUGAUUCAGGACUGAAGCUGCUCUUUGUUGGACUAAAGAGUCCAAACUGUCAACUCAACAUACUGAGACUGGCUGGCUGUAAUCUCACCUAUCAGCACUGUGAAAUUGUGGCUUCAGCUCUACAAUCAUCAAACUCCCCCCUGAGAGAGCUGGACUUGAGUAACAAUGACCUAAGUGAUUUAGGACUGAAGCUGCUCUGUGUUGGACUGAAGAGUCCAAACUGUCAACUCAACAUUCUGAGAUUGUCUGGCUGUAAUCUCACUGAUCAGUGCUGUGGAAUUGUGGCUUCAGCUCUGCAAUCAUCAAACUCCCUCCUCAGAGAUCUGGAUCUGAGUGACAAUAAACUGCAGGAUUCAGGAGUGAAGCUGCUAUUUGAUGCACUCCAGACUCCAAACUGUCAACUCAACAUACUGAGGUUAUCUGGCUGUAUGGUGACAGAGGAAGGUUGUGCUGCUCUGGCAUCAGCUCUGAGUUCAAGCCCUUCACACCUGAGAGAGCUGGACCUGAUCUACAAUCACUCUGGACCCGGGACUCUGGACAAACUCAAUGGAAAUCACAGAGCAGAGAUCAUGAUUUCAAGAUUACUCAAAUAUGCCUGUGAUCUCAGAUUGGAUCCAAACACAGCACACACUCGUCUCGUUUUGUCUGAGGAGAACAGAAAGGUGACGUUUGUGAAUAAGCUGCAGUCGUAUCCUGAUCAUCAAGAGAGAUUUGAUGGUCAUCCUCAAGUUCUGUGUGCAGAGAGUCUGACUGGACGCUGUUACUGGGAGGCUGAAUGGAGUAGAAAUAUUUAUAUAUCCGUGUCAUAUAAAGGAAUUAAUAGAAAAGGAUGGAGUGUUGACGGUCAGUUUGGACUGAAUGAGAUGUCCUGGAGUCUGAAAUGCUCAGAUGACAGAUUCACUGUCUAUCACAAUAGUAAGUCCGUUGUCUUAUCUGCGGCAGGAUCCUGUAAGAGAGUUGGAGUGUAUCUGGAUGUGUCGGCAGGCACUCUGUCCUUCUACACCAUCUCUGACAGACACACACUCACACACUUACACACAUUACACACUACAUUUACUGAACCCCUCUAUGCUGGAUUUAGACUUUAUCCCAACUCUUCAGUGUUUCUGUCACAUUAAACACACUUUUACAUGCAUUCACUGAACACAUCUGUGCUGGAUUGAGCUUUUUCAAAUGUGUCUCUGUGACACAUUAAACAACAUUGUCCCUCA